GAUGUCACAGAACAACUUCCGGUUCCGCAUGUGGGAGUCUUGGUUGGGAGAACGCUGUUGGUUUGGCUCUUGUUCUCCUAGCACAUGUGAAUCGUCAGGUCCUGCUUGCUGGAGCUAUGGCCGAGUUGGACCGAGUAAUAAAGCCCAAAACUAAACGGGCGAAGAGAUUUCUUGAGAAGAGAGAGCCUAAAAUCAAUGAAAAUGUUAAAAAUGCCAUGCUUAUUAAAGGGGGAAAUGCAAAUGCAAUAAUUACUCAAGUACUCAGAGAUAUGUAUGCUUUGAAGAAACCUUAUAGUGUUUUAUAUAAAAAAAAAAACAUCACAAGGCCUUUUGAGGAUCAGACAUCCCUGGAAUUUUUUUCAAAGAAGUCAGAUUGCUCCUUAUUCAUGUUUGGUUCUCAUAAUAAGAAGCGACCAAAUAAUCUCAUAGUAGGUCGUAUGUAUGAUUAUCAUAUCCUGGAUAUGAUUGAACUAGGUAUUGAGAAAUUUGUCUCACUUAAAGAUAUUAAGAACAGCAAGUGUCCUGAGGGAACAAAACCCAUGUUAAUAUUUGCUGGUGAUGCUUUUGAUGUAAGUGAAGACUACAGAAGAUUGAAAAGUCUUCUUAUUGAUUUUUUCAGAGGCCCUACAGUACCAAAUAUUCGUCUUGCUGGUUUAGAGUAUGUCUUGCAUUUCACUGCAAUGGAUGGGAAGAUUUACUUUCGGACCUAUAAAUUAUUGUUGAAGAAAUCUGGUUGCAGAACACCACGAAUUGAAUUGGAAGAAAUGGGACCAUCACUGGAUCUGAUCAUGAGGAGAACCUAUUUGGCAUCAGAUGAUCUUUAUAAGUUAUCCAUGAAAUUGCCUAAAGCCCUGAAGCCAAAGAAGAAGAAGAAUAUUUCCCAUGAUACUUUUGGUGCAACUUAUGGAAGAAUUCACAUGCAGAAACAAGAUUUGAGUAAAUUGCAAACAAGGAAAAUGAAAGGGUUGAAGAAAAGACCUGCAGAAAAAUUAACUAAUAAUCAAGAAAAUAAAUCUCAGAAAAUUAAGAGAAGAAAAAUUGAUUGAAUUUCGUCUACAAUUGACUAUUACUAUAUUUUGCAGGAAAGAAUUGUCAGCUGUAAACAAUUCUAUAAACAUUAUUACAUGGACCUAUUUGAUAUAAAUUUUUUUUGUCAAACGGUAAAUAUAAAUUUUACAUUUUCAUAUUGUAAACUAUUUGAGGUAAGAAUUAUAUUAUCUUAUUUUUAUAUGGAAGUGCCUCCAUAGGGUCUUGUAAACAAUAAGGCACCUAAUAAAUAUUUGCUAAAUAAAAUUUUCUUAUGAUCAACAACAA